UGCCAGCACAGCAAUUAUCAUUUCAGCACCUUCAAACAACUUUGGACACAUAGCACAGAACAUAUGACCAUAACCAUGGCUUCUUUUUCUUCGUCUGGCUCAGCUCUUUUGUUUGCACUUACGUUGAUACCACACCUCAUUGCAGCUCAAAAUCGAUCGCCACAUGGUCUAGCUUAUGCUAUGCCGCUUGCUAUCUCACCGGAAGCAUAUGCAUUCUUCCACCCCGAUGCUCAACACUAUAAUAGAGGACGAAAAUGUAAUGGAUCAUCAUCGGAUUCAGAAUGCUCACCAAUUCCCGCGGCUUCUUCGAUCCAGUCAAAUAUAGCUCGUGAUAGCAUGGGAGCAAGAAGCCACAGAGCUGGAGCUGGAGCCUGGAUUCUGAUAGGCUUGGCUUUUGCUGCUCUUUUCACACUCAGCAGUUUUUUCUUUCUGGUGAUCAAAAACAGAAAUUUGAACAAGGAAACUUCUUUAAUGGCAAAAGCAGAAGUUUGAGAGCAGCAGCAGAGGCUUCAUGCAUGCACCCCCUUUCCCAUUCUACCGGCUUUGCUUUUAAUGCUUUAGAUAUGACUUUAUAAUUAGUUGUGAUUGGUUAUAAUAGUCUUUGUGCUGUCAAACAACCUACAUGAAACCUUAAACUACAAAUACGGAGUAAUAGAUUUUGGUUUGUGCUGUUCAUCCCUCCUUUGACUCAAACUAUAAUGACC